UUCCAUUGGUAUUCCUUUGACACAUAACUACUAUACUUUUUAAAACUAUAGGAUGUUUGUAAUUAUAUAAUAUGGCAAUCCCGAUGUUCUACCACAAUUAAUUUAGCAAAGAAAAUAAUAACAUUUCUAUCAAUUUUGAUAUGGGAACUUGGCAUGUAGUUUCUCGAUAAGAUCCAUGAUCAUUAUUAUAGUAGCUCUGGUGGCGUUAUAGAUACAUUUUUAAACAGUGGUUAAAAUUUCUAUAUCAGUUAUCUAUCAUAUAUUUGGUAGGACAUGAAUAUGUAAGGGGCGGCUAAUUAAAUAACAACGUUGUCGAGAAAGUGCAAGCCGAAUGAUGGCAACGGUAACGUCACUUUAAGUCUUAAUAUCCCGCCUUUAUUCGUAAUAGUGUGUUUAGUAGCUUACAAAUGUAAGACAAAAAACUGAAAUAAAGACAGAAACAGUUAUAGCAAUAAAAGGUUACUAGGCUAAAUAUGCAUAAUAGGCGUAAAUAAAUAAGCUUAUAUGUGUACAACUUUUACUUAACAACAUAAUUUAAAAGUCGGUUUAUUGUGCAAAUGUACUAACUCAUUGUUUAUUAUUGUGUAUGUGUAUGGUACUUGCUGUUCGAAAAUCAAGAUGAGAUGUUUAAUUUUAAAGUAUUAUCCGUAGAGCGAGGAUGAUAUUACAAGGGGUCAUGAACUUCACGUUCGACAUCUUUUGCUUUUGGGACAAGCUGCACCAAUUGCUUUAAAGGCAGUUAUAGAAAGGGAGGUUAACAAACGCAAAACAAAUAUUGCCAGUCUUAUAGCUACGAAGAAAAAUACUUCCAAUAAAUACUUCAACGCAGAGUUUCAGCAGUUGUUUCAAGACGAUGUAAUGAAUACAAAGAUUGAUUCGUGGGAUACACGUUUGCUUUGUGUUGUAACACUGGUCCUUUUUGAAUCAUAUUUAGACAGCAGCGAGAUUCAAGCAGUAACAUGCAUAAGUGAACAGAGGAAAGACUUGGAUAACUAUGCUCAAUCUGCUUCUCUAAACUACGAAACAUUUCAGAGAAAAUGGGAUGAAUUACAUGCAGCAUUACUUGAGCUUAUCAAAGAUAUCGAAGGCAAAGCCAAAUUUGAAUGCACACAAAUGAUUCACUCGUUUAAAUUAGAAAAUAUCUCAGUUAAUUUAGAACUGAUAAACAGAAUGAAACAAACCAAGGACGUCAGCUUUCAUGUCCAAAUGGCCAUACAAGAUAAAGUCGUUCGAAAGAUACAUGGAGAUAAUCAAUAUGGUCAUGAGCCAGUAUUCACAGAAAAGCUGAAAUACACGUUAGUCUAUAUCAAUGAACCAACCAUUCUUGCUUGUAAGCUCAGUAUGCCUGAUAAAUCAGUCACAUGGCGACAUGAUAACAAAAAGGUAGAGGAAACAGAAACCGUAAAGUUUGUUGACAAGAAAUGUAACCACUGGUUAGCAAUUUCUCAAGCACACUCGACAGAUACAGGACAUUAUUCUUGCUCAUGUGGCAAAUCUUCAACAACAGCGUUCCUUCAAGUUUUAGAGAAUCCUUUGAAGAUUACCGAAGACUUACAUGUAGCUACAAAAGACAAAGAUGUCAGGGAAAAUAUGGACAUCAUUCUUUGUUGUAAGAUUAACCUACAUACAAAUAAAGUUAUCUGGCGACAUAAUGGCAAAGAAAUAAAAUGUGAUAGACAUCAUGCCUCAUUUCGGCAACAAGAACACCAGCUGACCAUCCAAAAUGCAAAGUUUGAAGACGAUGGUAAAUACAUGAUUGACUUUGGUGCUGUUACAUCAUGUACAACGUUGUACAUAAAGGGUAACCUCAAUCUUUUACUCAAAAACCAACUUGCAGAAGAUCUCUACAAAAACUGGGUCAGAGGUGCGCUUGGUCUGAAAUAUUUGAAAUUAGGUCUGGAAGCGUUUUCUGAUAAUAUUGUAGAAAAUCAUCACUCUAAAAUUUUAACAACACUUUUGAGUACUGGAAACACAUGUGCGAAAUGUUCAUUAGAAUUUCUCCUUCCUUUGCACAAAAAGGAACAUUGUCCUAAACCAUCCAAGUGCCUGUGUUCUAAGCAACCACGUAAAAGGAAUAAGUGUCCUAAUGGAGGAUUUUGUAGUAAGUUUUAUGAUCUUAUACUUUGGGAUCAUCGAUUCAAAGAUCCAUUACUGACGAACACGAAUAUACAGAAGUGGAGCAGCGAUCCUUGGAGUGUUGCUACAUGUUAUAUCAGUACUCCUGGCUAUGAAGACAGAAAGUCCGCGAAAGAGGUUGACUGUGCAGGACUACUAAGCAUAUUUAUCAACAACAUCUUCUUCCACAGAAGUCUCGGUGACGUCGAAAUAGAUGGUGAAACCGAUCUAUUCAAAAAGGUUCAUGUUAACAUACAACUUCGUUAAAUUAUUACCACACCCGCGUGAUAUUUUGAAAUGACUUGCA